GCACUCUUGUUCAUCUCACCGAAUACAAAUUAAAGAAAGAUCAAGCUCUGCAUUGUUCAUACAAGGUGAACGAUGGCACGAAUUUUCACGCUAGUGAGGCUAUUUAAGAAUCGCAAAAAAUUUCGUGUAAGAAAGAAGUUUACUCUCAUGAAAUGGAGCAUAUUGCUUGAAAUGAUUUGGAUGAAGGUUUGCAUUGGGAAAAAAACAAAAACAGCUCCUUUUCUUUGGAGAGCAUUAGGAACCAAGGCUGCUAAGGUAGGAAAAGGUUUAUCAAAUGAUACAGAAGCUUUGAAACUUGAAUUGCAGCAUUGGCUUGAAGCGAUCGAUCAUAGUCAUCGGUAUGGUCACAAUUUGAACUACUACUAUGAAAAAUGGCACAAAUGUCAAAGCAGACAACCUUUCUUCUAUUGGUUAGAUAUUGGGGAAGGUAGAAUGAUUAACCUAGAGGAAGAUUGUCCUCGUUCAAAACUUCAAAAACAAAUUAUCAAAUAUCUUGGCCAAAAAGAAAGACAAGUAUUUGAAGUGAUGUUCGAAGAUGGGAGGUUAUUGUACAAAUUGAGCAAAAGACUAGUAGACACAACAAUGAGCCCUGAAGACACGAAGUGGAUCUUCGUCCUUAGCACCAAAAGGACUUUGUAUGUUGGCCAGAAAAAGAAAGGCGUAUUCCAACAUUCAAGUUUCUUGUCAGGGGCAGCUAUAUUAGCUGCUGGAAGCUUGGUUGUGGAAAAGGGAAUACUGAAGACUAUAUGUCGUAACAGUGGGCAUUAUCGUCCAACAGAUGAAACUAUGUUGGUGUUUAAAAGCUUUCUUCAAAGAAACAACAUUGAUAUCACUCAUGUUAAGGUUUGCCCCUUAGAAGAUGAUAAGGAAAUCCCGAAAAGAAUGGCACUCAUGGAAGAUCUUGAAGUUACACCAUAGAAAUCACUUGAUUGGGAUGGAUUGACAAACAAUGAGACAAUAGAUACAGUUCAUUCACAUGGUCAAUACAAAGACAUGCAUUUUUGUGGUUGCUCAAUUAAACUACAAUUUAACUAGAAUUAUAUAUUAGCAUCAUCUGCAUGCUAAUCCAAGAAAGAAGCAAAAGACUGAUAAGAAAUCUUAUUAUCAUUUGCUUGA